AGGGUCACAGUCCGCACCACAAACUGGGAACGCGGUCGUUGGAGUUUGGAUCCGCGCACACGGAAACGACACCAUGACGGCUGGACGUUUGCCACCGUGGAUCCUUCUGGUCUUGUCUCUGUUGGGGACCCGUGACGCGUGCCUGCCGGACCCCGACUCGCCUUACGCUUCCACCGGCGCCGUGUGCCGCCUCACCUACCCCGCGGCCGUCGUCCUGAACGAGAAAAGCAGUAAAGUGUUGGAGGCGGCGUUCCGGCACGCCCGCUAUCCCGGGAUGAGGGCGGAGAAGUCGGUGCUAUUCCUGGGCACGGUGUCGUACGGCCUGGACAACUUGGAGAUCCACAACCUGACCAUCGGUCGGAGCUCCUUUGAGCUGAUGGCCGGCGAAGGCAUCGCCAUGGAGAUCAGUGACGUAUCGGCCGUCUUCAACGGGAUCAUCCGAUACGGAUACGGAAGCUGGCUCACCAGCAUCAAUCAGUCCAUCCACUUUGACAUGGAGGCUCAGAUCGACCUUGGAAUCAAACCCAAACUAUACUGCAGCAGGAAGGGCAAAGUGGCGGCGGACACGUCGUCUUGCUACUUGAACUUUGACACGCUCCGUUUGCACCUGCAGGGAGACAAACAACCAAACUGGCUGAAGAAACUCUUCACAGACUUCAUGACGUUGACAGUGAAACUAGUCAUCAAGGCACAGAUUUGUAAAGAGAUCAACAAAGUGGCCAACAUAUUAGCAGAUUUUAUCCAAGAACGAGCAGAGGAGUUCCUGAGUGACGGAGACAUCAGUGUGGACGUGGGCGUCACGGCUGCUCCUGUCAUCACCCACAACUACAUCGAGUCCUACCACAAGGGGUGGAUGAAGUACAAAAACACGUCUACGCUGGUUCAGCAUUCAACCUUCCAUCCUGGUCAGCUGACUGACCACAGGAUGCUCUACUUUUGGAUCUCGGACCAGGUCUUGAGGUCGAUGGUGGCCGCCGCCCACCAAGAUGGCCGCUUCCAGCUGGACAUCACCGGAACAGACUUGACCGACCUUUUCAAGACCAAGUUCUCCUCCCGCGUGCCUGAGUUCAUGACAAAGUGUCUGUCGGAAGGAAGUUCUCCCGAGCUCCACGCGAGGACGUCGUCUCCCCCCCACAUCAGCACCUCCACCUCCGGGACAGCGGUGAGGGCCGAGGUCUCGGUCCGACUCCGCUGCGGCGCUCGGGACACACUCGUCUUCCAAACGGACAUCAGCACCAACAUCACCGCCUCUUAUGCCGACAAACACCUCUUCCUGCACAGCAACCCUUCACAGCUGCUGAUUCCACAUGCUGAGCUCCACCAAAAUCCUUUGGUAGACGAAGCACAACUGGAGUUCAUCAAAGAAGCUGUGAUGAAGGUUGGCAUCCCUAAGGUGCUGUCUGUGCUAGAAAGAGAACUAACCAGGCUGUUGGACAAACAGGGAGCCAACUUAUUUGACAUCUCCAACCCUGAGGUCCUUCCUGGUCAUGGUUUUGUGUUGAUUCAGAUGGACUUUGGGUUCCCUCAUCACCUCCUGGUUGACUUCCUGAAGAGGUCGCUGCAGUAGCCAAUAAACACCUCCUUACAUUCUUUUCAAAA